UGGAUAAUCAUCGAAGAAAAAUCAUGGUACCUACUACCUAAUAGGUAGGGACUACCUAUUACGAUGGACUGUGGCCAAUGGCCAUUACGGAGUUGUUGACACUUGACAAGUACGAAAAAAAUACUUGACAUUUCGUAGGCUAAUUUUCACAUUGAGGUUAUGUUUACUGGAUAAUUUUGUCGAGUCAGAAUUUAUCAUUUACCGUUUUAUCACAAUUGUGCUUCUUAACAUAAUACAAAAGAAGACAACAUGUUGGUAACGUUAAAAACAUUACAACAACAAACUUUCCAAAUCGAAAUCGAUCCUGAGGAAACUGUUAAAGCAUUAAAACUCAAAAUUGAAGUUGAAAAGGGAAAAGAAUACAUGGCAGACAAUCAAAAGCUUAUUUAUGCAGGAAAAAUAUUGCUCGAUGACAACAAACUGCGUACGUAUAAUAUAGACGAAAAGAAGUUUAUAGUUAUAAUGGUGACAAAGCCAAAAGUGUCUGAAGCUCCGCCAGCGUCUACUGCAUCGACUGCGACCGGUGAAAGUGCUUCAACUGACAGUGGUGAUGCUAAAAGUAAAGCUGCCGAAGAAAGUAAACCUAAACCUACUCCCACUCCUGUAGAAUCCGAACGCACUUCGGAGCCGCCAGCUGUUUCUACUGAACCUGAUUUUGAAGCAACAGUUCAAAGCAUCAUGGAUAUGGGCUAUAAUAGACAACAAGUUGAACAAGCACUGCGCGCCUCCUUCAAUAACCGAGAAAGAGCAGUUGAAUAUCUGAUUACAGGCAUACCAGAAGAGUUAUUGCUAGAACAGGAAAUUGAAGAAAACACUGAUGAUGAUCCUCUAGGAUUCCUUCGUGACCAGCCUCAGUUUCAACAGAUGCGUGCUGUCAUUCAGCAAAAUCCAAGUUUACUUAAUACAGUUUUACAGCAGAUUGGUCAAAGUAACCCCGCUCUUUUACAAGCGAUAAGCCAACAUCAGCAGGCUUUUGUGCGAAUGCUAAACGAACCAGUGAAUCCAUCUGAUGCCAGUACUCCAGCUGUAGCUCCUGCUGCUAUAUCCGAUGAAGCUGCUGUAGAUAACCCUGUAGCACAGACUCCACAAAAUGUUAUUCAAGUGUCGCCCCAAGACAAAGAAGCUAUUGAAAGAUUAAAGGCGCUCGGUUUUCCUGAACAUAUGGUUAUCCAAGCAUACUUUGCUUGUGAAAAAAAUGAGAACCUUGCAGCUAACUUCCUUUUGUCUCAAAAUUUUGAUGAUUAAAUAAGUAUAUUAAGUUACUUAUGAAUAAAAAAAAUAAACUAACAAAACAAUAUUAUAAAUCUGAGGUCAUUAAUAAUUAAAGCUAAUAGUUUUCAUCUUG